CGUCACGUGAUCUGAGUCUGGCCACCUGAUCCUGCGGGCUGGUAGACGCUUGCAAACAAGACGCUCGAAAGUUACGUUUCAGCUGAAAUCAGAGAGUUACGGCAACUUUUUAGUUUUGCAAAAUGUCUUUUUGCUCUUUCCUAGGAGACGAGAUUUAUAAAGAUCACUUCAAGCCGGGUAUCUACCUGUGUGCGAAAUGUGGCCACAAGCUGUUUUCUAGCAGGUCCAAGUACGAGCACUCAUCCCCUUGGCCCGCCUUCACCGAGACCCUUCAGGAGGACAGCGUGUCCAAGUUCGUAGAGAGGCCGGGCGCUCUAAAGGUGUCUUGUGGGAAGUGUGGGAAUGGACUGGGCCAUGAGUUCCUGAACGAUGGGCCCAAGGAUGGGCUGUCCCGCUUCUGAAUCUUCAGCAGCUCACUCAAAUUUGUCCCCAAAGACAAGAUGGAUGGAGCAGGGAAGGGGCAGUAAGAGUGGGCUGUGGUACCAGGACAAGCAGUGGUCUUCAGGAGAGGGCUGAGAGGCCCCUGUGCUUUGCUAGGGUCUGAGCAGAUCAUGAAGUGCUCUGGAAAAAGCCCAUGUGGGACUUCCAGGGCACAGAUGGGUAAAUGACCAUGCCAGACAACAAGAACUGGGCUCCUGCUUUAUUUUUCCACAAGGACACACACACAUUUGUUUUUAAUUUGUUUUCUUGACUCCCACUCUCUUUUCUGCAAACAGCUCUGCCUAAAGGAAAGCUCAUCAUGGGGUGAAAGAAGACUCAGAACAUAAAUCUCCUGAGCUUGACGUCUAAAAGAAGGUGCUGUUUGGUUUCUUGAAAAAAUUCAUAGACGUGAUCAAGGACAGUGGUGUAGCUGACAGUUUCAUGGCUAGAGAAGCCCUCUAACAGUGACACGAUUCACAGAAUUUCGUGUUAUACCUACACAUAUAAUGAGUUUACAAAUUAUCAUCUGGAAAGCCACCCUCUUUGAGCUGGCUAUAACCUCCAUUACCGAAUACCAUCGCUUUAUCUUUGUGUAGAAUUGGCAAACUUUAUAAACUUUUCAAUAUUUACUACAUUCUCAGAAAAAAACAUUAAAAGCAGCUUUAUAGUUGCCUUAAUUAUUUUUUAACAGUGUUUCUAUUAUUUAUCAAUUAAUUUACCAGUAUUGGUGAUUUUCGUAACUAUUAUUUGUUUUAUAACACACAAAAACAGUUUUGUUAAUUUCCACUCAAGCCCUGAUCCUGCGAUGAUGGCUUCGAAAUCCAGUCCACACGUUUAUUUGUACCAGAAUUUUAGGGUUGAAAUGAUAUUUCCAGAAAAAUAUUUCAAAUAUCUCUUAAAAACUGUGUUUUACUUCAGCUCAUUUCAGGUGCUUUCCAGUGUUAAUGAACAGAAACAUGCUGCAGGAUGUAACAUUGCUGAGUUAUAAAAUACACAUUUACAACACUUGUUACAACAACAAAUAUGUGAACAUGUUCAUGUACAUGUCAACAUUCUUUAAGACAAAACAAUACUGUCCUUAAAAUAAAUAAAGUUUGUCCACAGACAUGAUUUAAACCUGCUCUUCCUUGUGGUGAUUACCAUGUGCAACUGUAACAUUAAGAGUAUUGGGCAAUAAAAUAACUUUUUUUGUUGUU